GGCUAGGAUGGGAGGUGAGGGACACUCGGGCUUUCUCCUCACAUUUCGGCCUUUUAUGUCCCGGCAGCAGUGAGGGAAUGUGAAGGUGGCGCGGUCGGGACGCCCUUGAGUUUAAAUAUUCCCCGGGCUGAGCGCGCUUUCAGUGAAAUAAUUUGAACAGAAGAAGAAGAAAAAAGAAAUAGGUAGAUGAUGCUGGCGGAGCAGUCGCAGACAUGGUUCCCUACCCAUGUCCAAGUGACUGUCAUGCAAGCUCGGGAUCUCAACCCCAAAAGCAAAACCGGUACCAACGACACGUAUACCAUUAUCCAGCUGGGCAAAGAGAAAUAUUCGACCUCGGUGGCGGAGAAAACCUUGUGCCCGGUAUGGAAAGAGGAGGUGUCCUUCGAGUUUCCUGGGCUGCUACUGCAGGGGACUCCAGAGAAAUACAUCCUCCACCUGAUCGUCAUGCACCGUUCCCUUGUCGGACUGGAUAAAUUCCUAGGUCAGGUAGCCAUCUGCCUCAAUGAACUUUUUGAAAACAAAUCGAGGAGGCAAAAGGAGUGGUUCAAGUUGGAAUCUAAACCAGGAAAGAAGUCAAAAGAAAGAGGUGCAAUUCAGGUUUCCAUCCAGUUCAUGCGAAACAAUAUGACUGCAAGUAUGUUCGACCUUUCCAUGAAGGAUAAAACGAGGUCCCCUUUUGCCAAACUGAAAGACAAAAUGAAGGGAAGAAAAAAUGAUACCACUUUUUCUGAUCAUUCAUCUGCAAUUAUUCCAAGUACAUCUGCUAACCCCGAUCAAGAAGCAUUGGAGACAGAUUUACAGCUGAAAUCAAAGCCAAAAAGAGCCUUUCUGUUGGGACCACAAAGGUUAUCAUCUGCACAGUCAAUGUCAGAUUUACCUGGUCCCCGUCCAUCACUGGGAAAAAUCAAAUCCAAUACCAUAGGCCAUGUAGUCUACAAACCUCCCACGGAUUCUGUUCGCUCCAGUGAAGAAAAGGAUCGUGACUCCCUGGCCAAAUCACCUCACCGAAGAUCACAGAGCAUGGAUACCUCCAAGGUGAACCAAUUUGACCUAAUUUCUGUCACAAAGAAUGGAACUGAUUCAGCAAAGCCACCAGCUGAUCCAUUUUCAAAGCAAGACUUGUAUAUGCCACAAAAAGCUGCCACACUUCCAAGAAGCAGAAAUCCUUUUGACAACAGCAGCAGCAGCUCCUGGAAGGUCACAGAUACAAGUUUUGAAACCACUACAAAUUACAAACAUCCAGAAAUUAAACGAGAAACCAAGAGAGACAAAGAGAAGGAUAAAAUUAGCCUCUUUGCACGUGUGACUGGCAAGAAAGAUGUCAAAAAGUCUGAAAAGGCUAGCAAUGUGAAGUCAGAUGGUACUAGUGAUGCAAAUCUACUAAACCCAUUUUCAGGAAACUUUCACAGCAGUUGUGAAUUUGACUCCAAAAAUCCAUUUGCCACAAAAUACAACACAAUUGAUAUGUCAAGUUUAACCAAACCCACAAAUUCUGAAGAUACAAAAACACUAGUAUCCACUGACAGACGUAAAUGUCAAGAAAAUAAUCAACAUUCAAGUAAUGCAUUCAAGCAACAUCACUUUGAACGCUAUGGGGAGAAAAACAGAGAUCUCUGCCUACUUGCCACUGGAUAUCGUAAUUUGUCAUAUGAUGAGCUGAUCUAUGAACUUGUGAAGCAAAAAGAACUUGUUAAGAGAAAAGAUGGUCAAAUCCGGGAGCUUGAGGACUACAUUGAUAACCUUCUAGUGCGAGUAAUGGAAGAAACUCCCAGCAUUCUUAGAGUGCCAUACGAACCAUCUAGAAAAGCUGGGAAGCUUUCAAAAAACAAUUGACCUAAUUAAUAUUUUUGAAUUGACAAAAUAUUCUUAAUGCCUGUGACAAAAAGCGAUGGCAACUUGAUCUUUAUAGACCAUGAAUUGGUAAAGAAGUUUACAGAAUGAUAUUACUCUUUUUCAUAGUGGCUAUUAACUAAUUGUUGCCAGGCAAAGUAGAAACUAUAUAUCUUAAAUCCCUCUCUCUCUACCUCUCCAUCCAUAUCUCUCUCUCUCUCUCUCUCUCUC